GUGCAGUCAUACAGAAGCAAGGCAGUAGAUCUAUUUAUAACUCACACUGAGUUGGCGCCUCAGAGCAACACUUGAUCUCUCUGCAGACAACUCUUCACCAUAUCAGUAAUAACGUCCCUGCUACAUGGAAAGGGGGAAUUGUCAGGUUUUGCUAAUUUGAUAUCAAAAUGCCUGUAAAUCAGACCAGAUCCAAGAUGAGAGAUCAGAAUGACCCGAUCAACAGACUGGAGUUUAUUUCACUGAACCAGCCUCUCAGAAAUAGCAACGAGGCACGGGGGACAUUAAGACGGCCUGGUUCACUGAAACGCCAGCCAAGCCAACAGCAGCAACCUCAAAAUGUGCAGCAGGAGCCACUUGAAAAUAACACUGAGGACCACAGAGAAUCUGUUAAACUUCCAGACGAGGAUUGCAUACAACUCAACCCCUCGUUUAAGGCCAUUGCAAUGAACUCUCUUUUGGCGAUUGAUAUAUGCAUGUCCAAAAGGCUUGGGGUUUGCGCAUAUUCUCACUCCUCAUGGGGCAGUGUGCGCUCCAUGGUCAACCUGCUUGCAAUCACUGGUCAUGGCAUCCCUUGGAUUGUUGGCACAAUUAUAUGUCUCACCAGAAGCAACACAAUGGCAGGACAAGAAGUUCUGGUCAAUUUGCUUCUUGCGCUUUUACUGGAUGUAAUGACCGUCGCAGGUAUGCAGAAACUCGUGAAGCGCAAAGGACCCUGGGAGAUGACACCUGGCCUCUUUGAUUACAUAGCGAUGGACAUUUACUCUUUCCCAGCAGCACAUGCAAGCCGGGCUGCCAUGGUAUCCAAGUUCCUUUUGUCACACUUAGUGCUCGCUGUCCCUCUACGCAUCUUACUGGUGCUGUGGGCUUUCCUGGCCGGCGUGUCCCGCAUCCUUCUUGGCCGCCACCACCUGACAGAUGUGGGAUUUGGUUUUGCAUUGGGCUAUCUCCAUUUCAAUCUAGUUGAAAUGGUGUGGCUGCCCUCCAACACUUGCCAGACUUUAAUCUCCAUCGGGAAACUCAGUUGGAUCCCCUUCUAAUGGCAAUAUAAGCAUUUUAGGCAACCCACAAAAGCUUGACAUUCUCCUAUCCCUCAGUCCCUAUUUUUGUUAAUUUCUUCUGUCACAACCACUCACUGGCCCUCAUGUCAUUUUAAAUAGAAAUCUAUGAAGACAUAAUGUAUGUUAAUCACAUUUACCCCUAGAUAAUAAGGUUAUUUUCAGCUUUGACUGAAUUUCUUUCUCCAGUGUAAAUGCAGUAUGCAAGGAAAUGAAUGCAUCCUUGUGACACAUUUCCGAUGCCUUUCUGACUAGGGUUUAUUUAUUACAUUUAGAUCCGCAAUUUUUAGUUUUGUCAACAUUUAUGACAAUUAAUUUUUCUUAUAAAAAAACAUGUUUUUAACACUCAUUCUCUGGACCUGAAAGUGUAUGUAUUUAAAAAUGGCAAGUAUCAGUAAAACAUUCAUAAGCUAUCAGGGAUUUUGUGAAAGACACACUUUUACAUGACUCACUAUCAGAUAUUUUGUGUACAGUAUGCAUGAGAAGAUACAGCUAACUGCCAAAGUUAACACUUGAGUAAAUGAGGGACGCAAAGUAUAUUGAUAGCAGUUAAAAAGCAAUUAACAUCCCAUCAUGCUUAUGGUCAUGUAUGAAAUGCCCAGUUGCCCAUUACUUUGGCUACCAUGGGAAGAUGAAGAGAUCUCAGUUACUUUGAAAGAGGGGUCUCAAAAGAGCAUUAUCAGGCCCAAAAAUUUUUUUUCUCUCACUACUUUAAUUUCUCUGCAGUCCAUAUUUAGCCUUACAACUGUGUUUUACCAUUAUAUUUUAAGGACAUUUAGGGCUACAAGUAGAAUAAUUUGACAUGAACAGUUGCAUUCAUGAGUUGUAUUGACAAAUGUCAAUUAAAAAAAUUGUCUGCCAAACAAAAACAUGACAAAAUUAAUUUCUGAGAAUGCUGUAAGUACAGAAAUUGUUUGCUCAGUGGGAAAUGAAUAUCCAACUAUUGUGUGGCUUGUGAGCAUCAUAUA